AUGCCAGAGCCUUUGAAGGACCAGGAAACGGAGUCUCCCGCGCAGAACUUCCGCGAGUUUUGCGACCGCUUCCCUCCCGCCGAAUUUCAAUCUUUGCCCGACGAGCUCUACCCCCAUGGAUCCUAUCAAGACAUGGUCUCCGUCGGCUUGAAGCCCGACACCAGUAUCUUGGAGCGAGAAUUCGAUGAAGACACGAGCUCGGUGCACCUCAUUCACUACGGGUGGGCUCUGGACCAGGCGUGGGCCGUCAGAUUCGCGGCGUACCACAACAUAUGCAUCGACAUGGGGAAGUUCAUGACGGGGUUCCAUUUCGAGCGGAGCGGCUGCCCACGUUGCAUCGACUUUGCGAAGCUCACACCAGAUACACUCGCGAAUAUGCAGCGGAACAACACUUACUGGAUGAGCCUUUGGAUCCAGAUGCAGGAUAACAUCUACGCACUCGCCAAGAAGAAGUUUCGGCGACUGAACCUCCAGCUAGGGUGUCCCAUCAGCCACGAUAUCCGGAUGAUGCUCGCACUGUUCAACAACCACAACAUCACGAAGCGCGCGUGGAUCACGGCUUGCUACACCCAUGAACCGCUCGCGGCCACCAUACAAAGGGUCACAGAGUGGUUGACCAUUCCGGGCUCCGAACCACCGACGCCAAUGUGGUGGUACGAAUACGACUCUCCCCUGAUGGAAUGGCCUACCUAA